AUGCCAAGGGACAGAUUUCUGAAUAUUUGGUCUAUGUUCCACAUAAAUGACAAUUCAAAGCAAAAAACAAAAGGUGAAGUAGACUUUGAUGCCCUUCAUAAGAUCAGGCCUCUUCUGGAUGAUUUGGUAAGGAAUUUCAAAGAAAGUUAUCAGCCAGGUGAAGCGUUAACAAUUGAUGAAGGUAUGUGUCCUUUCAGAGGACGUGUAGGUUUCAAAGUUUAUAUGGCUAAUAAGCCAAACAAAUAUGGCAUGAAGCAAUACAUUCUUGCAGAAUCCAAAACUGGGUGCAUAUACAACUUUGAAGUUUACCACGGAAGGCACGAUAAACUGGACAACAGUGCUUCUGCAGUGGUAAAGCGAUUGCUCGGCUCACUCCAAGGUAAGGGCCACACUGUAUAUGGUGACAGAUUUUACACCAGUGUUCAGCUAGCCAAAGAACUGGUUAGAGCCAACACUGGUCUUCUAGGGACUGUAAUGCCAAACAGAAAAGGAUUGCCCAAGGCUCUCAAAGAGGGUAAACUCAAAAAGGGUGAACAAAUAUUUCGCCGCAAGAACGAUGUGCUAGCAUUGCGAUGGAAAGACAAGAGGGAUGUGUGGAUGAUAAGUACCAGGCACACAUCCUCAAUGUUGCCUGUUGCUACAAGAGAAGGCAAUGAGAAGUUGAAACCAGUGGCAGUGCUGUAUUACAACAAACAUAAAACUGGUAUAGAUCUUUCAUAUGGAGCACUUGCUCACAAAACAGUGAAGUGA